GUGUAAUAAGGGCUAUGUUGGCACUAACCCGAGCGUUCAACUUCUCCAACUUCUUUUCCAAGGCUCUCAGUCGCCAUUCCUUAAUCCCUCUCAUGGCUUCUCCUCCUUAUCCUAAUGUUUCUUCUCCUGCAUACUCUACUGGCUCUCCUUGUCACGCUCCUCCAAAGCGCGUAGGUACACAUAAUGGUAGCUUCCACUGUGACGAGGCUCUUGGUUGCUUCAUGAUUCGCCUCACCAACAAGUUUUCUAAUGCGGAAAUUGUCCGCUCCCGUGAUCUUCAGGUGUUGGAGAGUCUGGAUGCUGUGCUUGAUGUUGGGGGUGUGUAUGAUCCUGUUCAUGAUCGGUAUGAUCACCAUCAGAAGGGGUUUGAGGAGGUUUUUGGGCAUGGGUUUACUACCAAGCUUAGCAGUGCUGGUCUUGUUUAUAAGCAUUUUGGGAAGGAGAUCAUAGCUAAAGAGCUUCAGCUUGAUGAAGGGCACCCAAAUGUGCAUCGGUUGUUCUUAGCUAUUUAUAAAAGCUUCAUGGAGGCGAUCGAUGCUGUUGAUAAUGGAAUCAAUCAGUAUGAUACAGACAAGCCUCCAAGAUAUGUUAAUAAUACCCAUUUGUCUUCAAGGGUUGGGAGAUUGAAUUUGGAUUGGAUAGAGCCUGAUCAAUCACCUGAGAAGGAGAAUGAGGUCUUCCAACGAGCAAUGACACUAGCUGGUAGUGAAUUUUUAGAUAGUCUUCACUAUCACGCAAAGUCUUGGUUACCAGCACGAUCAAUUGUAAUGGAGUGCCUUGAAGCUAGAUCUGAUGUUGAUCCUAGUGGUGAAAUUAUGGUUUUGGCUACCUUUUGUCCUUGGAAACUUCACUUGUUUGAGAUUGAGGAGGAAUUGAAGAUUGAGCCUUCAAUUAAAUAUGUUCUCUAUCAGGAUGAUAGGAGCAAACAUUGGCGAGUGCAGGCAGUGGCAGUUGCUCCUGAUAGAUUUGAGAGCCGCAGGGCUCUUCCAGCUCAGUGGCGAGGUCUAAGGGAUGAUGAGCUCUCAAGGGAAUCUGGAAUCCCUGUUUGUGUUUUUGUCCAUAUGAGUGGUUUCAUAGGUGGAAAUAAAAGUUACGAGGGUGCAUUAGCCAUGGCAAGAGCAGCACUGAAACUCUAGAACAUCAAAGAGUGAUAUCGUUGCUGUAUCAGAGGUGAAGAAUUCCGGGAAAUUUUGCUGGACCUGAUUGAGUACUCGGUUCUUUUACUAUUCGAAACCAUAGAUGGUAGAUCGGCGCUUCCCUUUGUACUAAGAUGUUACUGUCAGCAGCAAUCAUUCAUAUAAACUUGACAUGUUAUUGCAACAUCCGUUCCGUUUCAUGUAAUAUUUUAAUUUUUUUUAUCGCAUUGCUACCAUUUUUAGUGGUGCAAAUUUGAAACGCAUUGCUACCAUUUUUAGUGGUGCAAAUUUGAAAGUUUGAUAUAUGAUUAUUUUUUCUUUUUCAAA